CAAGGGAAAUGAUUCUGGGGAAUUUCAUUGAUGAUAUGUAUACUUGCAUAUAUAUUUUGCGUUUGCUGUACAAAGUCAUACUGAAUUUAUAUCUUCGCACAAGUAGCGCAAAUUCAUCUUACCAAAUCAUUUCGCAAAAUGAUUGAAAAUUGCACUUACUCAGUACAGUGGAUAAGAAGUCGCUGCAGAGUCUCAUUUGAACUCUUUCCUGUCAAAGGAAAACGCAUGGUCGUUUUCAUGGGCAAGGCCUUCAGCCGAGAGGAUGUUGAUUCGAGAUCUGUUAUGGUGAAGGCUUUUAGAUAUUACUGUGGAAACACACAGGACUGUAACAUGUACAAGUUAUGCAGCGAACAAGGCAGAAUUGUUGCGGAACGCUUCAACAAAGUUCUAGAUAAAACUUCAUGCAAGAUUCGUUUUGUUGUGCCAGCUGUUACACAAAUUGAUGAAAGAGCAACUUUAACCUGCAAGAAGAAGUGGGAGAAAGAUGAAGCGGUGGUGUUUGAAGAAAAGCUGAAAGGGAAAUUUACUACAUUUGUUGACAAAAGGGGGAAAACAUCCGCACAUUGUGAUUUAAUUUUGGAGGCCUUUUGUCAUUUCUCGUUACACGAAUCCGGGGGGAGUUUUGUCAUUUGUGGUCUCAAAGGCGUUCAAAGGAAGGACACAUCUGAAUUUAUUCUUACUAAUCCGACCAUACAUUCACGGGAGGGUAGAUUUGGCCCAAAAGACAAGCGAGACGCUGGAAUUCAAGACUUCAGUAAUAAUCAUACAUGUAAUAAGUUCUGUCGCAUGUUUAUAAAUAAACUAGCUUGUGAAUUCGACAAAGCAUCUGACGAGUGUUGAAUUGCACUAGUUAGCACGUUAACAGAAAGGAAACGCUAUUUUCCAGCGGGGGAUACUUGAUUCUGCAACAGUAAGAUGCCAACAUAACUUCACGGUGUCGGAGAAGACAUUCUGCGUUGUGGGCAAGCACACAAUGUUUGUGAAGGCACUAUUGUUUGUACAGCAAUAAUCGCAGAGGUACAUGAACACAUUUAUAAGCGUUAAUAAACUGAACUGAUUAGAAAAUUGUCACACAAGUGCAUUCGAUAGCGUUCAGGCUGCUGAAAACCCUUUGUCGGAAUGUUCGCUGUUGUGACUGUUACAUUAACAGGUUGGAGGAGAAAAACGGAUGUAUUGAUUACAGUGACGUUGUAACAUACACAAAACUCGUACAAUAUUCUUAGAGUUCCCACUGUUUUGAGAGUGAAAGGGCUAUAAUAUAUUCCUUAUGGGAAAAUGACCUAUCUUCUUUCCAGUUGGUGUUGUGCAAUAACGAAAAAUAUCAUAUAUAGGUUGUUGUUAGUCACUCGACUGUGGGGAUGUCAGUAGGGAUCAAUCCUAGAGUGAUUAUUCUUUAAAACGAUGUUUCCUGCGUUCUUAGAAAUGUCCACUUAAGUCUGUUUAGGAACCCAACAAUGACUGUUAACGCAAGCGAUCUGUGACGCAGUUGUUAGUUAAUUUCGAAGCUUGGUUCCAGUAUCCAAGCGAUCUGAAGGGAGGAUGAACCAACGGUGUAGAAGAUAGAGUCGUCCUGAUGAGAUAUAUAAUAGUAUACCAACAAGAGGAAAAACAACAACAACAACAUUUAUCUAGCCUACAGUAAUACAUAUGCAGUGAUAUUACAUUAUAAUAUAUGGUAAUAUUUGACGAUAUUAAAAUACUAGUUAUUGAAAAUUAAUGUUAAUAAUGAAAUCUAUAUUUGUUUUUAUUGUUUUAUCAACAAUGCUUAUGUUUUAAAUUAUGAAAAAAAAACAUAUAAUUUUUUUCGUCUAAUAUGCAUUUUGACAUGCUUGAUAAUUUCUUUCUAAUAAUUUGUCGUUUUCAAAUGAUGAACUAUCCAAAGUUGUACAAAUAGAUGUUUACAAACUGACGCGCUCUAGUAGUAAAUGACACGACAUUGCUAACAUGUGAAUAAAAUUUCUAGUAUUUAA